UUUGGUCGCUGCCUCAUUCGCCGAAGCGCGUUCGUAAAGAAAGGAACGCGUGAGCGGCGGCGGCGGCGGCUGUGACUUCCUCGCUCCGCUGCAUUAACACCGUCCACAUUCAUAUUGUGUGGAGGAAAGCCGCAGUACGGUGUUGCCUUCUCCGCGCUCAACUUUACAAUCAUUAAACGCUCUCCUGGUCGGGGAGAUACUACACCCAGAGCCACAAGCCACCCUCUUGGAGGUCUGUGAGUGAACCCAGUCUGCGCAAACAUGUCGGGCUCAGCGGCAAAAGUGAGUAAAAAGGAGCUCAACUCUAACCAUGACGGAGUGGACGACACCUCCGAGAAAGACCAGCAAGAAGCUAUUGAACACAUUGAUGAGGUUCAAAAUGAAAUAGACAGGUUGAAUGAACAGGCCAGUGAGGAAAUCCUCAAAGUAGAACAGAAGUACAACAAACUCCGUCAGCCGUUCUUUCAGAAGAGAUCAGAAUUGAUCGCCAGAAUUCCAAACUUCUGGGUCACUACAUUUGUCAAUCAUCCACAAGUAUCUGCUCUAUUGGGGGAGGAAGACGAAGAAGCACUUCAUUACCUGAGCCGAGUGGAAGUCACAGAGUUUGAAGACAUCAAGUCAGGCUACAGAAUAGAUUUUUAUUUUGAUGAAAAUCCAUACUUUGAAAACAAAGUUCUUUCCAAAGAGUUUCAUCUGAAUGAGAGUGGAGAUCCUUCUUCAAAGUCGACAGAAAUCAAAUGGAAGUCAGGAAAGGACUUGACCAAACGCUCAGGUCAGUCGCAGAACAAAGCAGGGAGGAAGAGGCAACAUGAGGAGCCUGAGAGCUUCUUCACCUGGUUCACUGAUCAUGCUGAUGCUGGUGCGGACGAGCUUGGUGAGGUCAUCAAGGAUGACAUCUGGCCGAACCCUCUGCAGUACUACCUGGUUCCAGAUAUGGAUGAUGAGGGUGAAGGUGAGGAUGAGGAUGAAGAGGAAGAUGAGGAGGGCCUGGAGGAUAUCGAUGAAGAAGCAGAUGAUGGAGAGGAGGAUGAAGAUGAUGGAGAGGACGACGAUGGUGACGACGACUAACAAAAUGACAUCCACCUACCACAGACGCUCAAACCUUUUUUUUUUUUUUUUUUUUUUUUUCUCCCCGUUUAGUUUUCCACUCAUGUUUGGGAGCAAUGUUUUUUUUUUGUUUGUUUGUUUUUUUUUAAAUAUAUAUUUUUUGUUGUAAACCAUGUGUGUGCUUCAACUACAUUCUGAAGCCUUUUCACCUAUUGGUGCCAUAAUCUGUUCUUGAUUCAGCCAGUGGCACUUCGCCCUGAAUUGAGAGUAACAUCCCUGAAAAGUAAUCAAAAAGAAAAGCUACUAAGUAUUAUCAUAGGAAGGAAACCUGAGUAGAAUUAAAAGAUAAUUUACACAGAAUUCCUUGGUUGUGUGGUUAAGUUGGCUUAAGCCAUGGUGUAGUGACCUAGUGCUAGCAGACCUCAAUAUUUUCUCAUAUUUUUAUUUUUAGUUGGGCCUUUGUACCUUUGAAGAAGAAAAUGUUAUUUUGUUCCCCGUUGUGGUUAACAAGUACUCGCUCUUUCCUUUGACUUGUAAUGUUCUAGGGGCAGGGUCAGAUGUGGAUGGGGUGGGCAUGCGUCAGUUUUUGGGGAGAGUUAUUUUGACAUUUCUAUGGGACUUUUUUUUCUUUUCAUUGUAUUGUUUUACAGAUAUCCAUAAAAAAUUGAAAUGACAUUUUUAAUAAAGGAUAAAAUGGAAAAAA